CACACUCACAGAGUACACACACUCACGCACACAUACACACACACACUCACACACAGUACACACACACAGUACACACACACACACUCACGCACUCACACAUACACACACACACACUCACACAGUACACACACACAGUACACACACAGUACACACACACAGUACACACACACAGUCACACACACACACACAGUCACACAGUCACACAGAGCAGAGCUGGCAGAACCACCACGGUUCUCCUGAACCAUGGUCAGAUGAGAGGUUCUCUUCCCAGGCAGGAAGUCAUCAGGGCGGUUUGUGUCCUCAGAGACACACAACAUGUGUCUCCAGACUUGUGUAACGCUUCAGAGGGAACCUGCUGGUUAAAGUGACCCCCCCCCUCAGCGCCUCACACCACCACACCCACUUGUGCUCGGGCAUCACACACAGAGGAAGCGGACCUUCCACUUCCUCUGACUCUGCUGAGAACAAUUCCAGCCUCUUCUCCCACCCACAUCUUCAGCCCCGAUUAGAUCUGGCUCACCAGGCGGCGCCUCACCAGCGAGCAGUGCUGGUGGCUCCUGGCCUCCCGCUCACCCUCCCAUGACGCCCUGCAACAUGUCAGCGCUGCGCUGUUUCAGGAGGACAUGCCACACAGACACACACAGCCUCAGGACAAUAGUCUCCUCCUGGCCUCAGGAGGAAGGUGUUCGCUGCUGCAGAGGAAACGCCAGGCAGGUAGUGAGUCCAAACACUGCCGUCCUCUCACCGUCACCGCUGGCGCUAAUCUGGUCGCCGUCAUCACAUGGUCGCACAAUAGCCGGAGAAAAUAUUUACGAGGCGACAAAUCUCUUUUUCGACCAGUGGUUUUUGUGUACACUAAGUUGCUGCGCUCUCCGUUCCUGUUGUAAAAGUCUGGGACCGUCGCUCAUGGACGCCGUCCACGCCGACCAUUGUGUGAGCGUGGUGUCGGGCGCUGGUUCGGUCCAAACCCAACAAGCCUGACCUCCCAAACACAAUGGCAGAACCAGGUCCAGCUGAGUCCUCGGCCCCUUCGGACACAAUGCCGUGACUCAGGAGGAGAUAAGCAGCACAUGGUGCGUGUGUUUCCACCUCAGCCUUCAUCCUGAACCUGCUCCUCUUCCUCCCGCUGUGAGGGACACGCUCUCUCUGCUCUGAUGUCCAGAUCCUGCUUCCUUUCCUUCGGUGCACGGACCUGUCAAGCCGUUUCAGCAGAGGCUGUCCUCCAAGUCUCUCCUGGAUGACUGAGCUUCUCCCUCUCACAGAGUCGCUCCAGAGCUGGGGGCCACAGGUGAGAGGAGAAAUCUUCUGGCUCAGCUCUUCCUUCACCUCAUCUGACCUCAGGUCAUGAUGCCAUCAACAUUGAAAGCCUCUCCCUAUUCUUGCUACGGACCGAUCAUGGGCGACUGGAGCUUUCUGGGUAACAUUUUAGAGGAAGUGAACGAGCACUCCACGGUGAUCGGCCGGGUGUGGCUGACGGUGCUCUUCAUCUUCCGGAUCCUCAUCCUGGGCACGGCGGCGGAGUUCGUCUGGGGGGACGAGCAGAGCGACUACGUCUGCAACACGCAGCAGCCCGGCUGCGAGAACGUCUGCUACGACGAGGCCUUCCCCAUCUCGCACAUCCGCCUGUGGGUGCUGCAGAUCAUCUUCGUCUCCACGCCCUCGCUGGUGUACGUGGGCCACGCCGUGCACCACGUCCACAUGGAGGAGAAGCGCAAGGAGCGGGAGGAGGCGGAGCUGAGCCGGCAGCAGGAGCUGAGCGAGGAGCGGCCGCCCCUGGCCCCGGACCAAGGGAGCGUCCGCACCACCAAGGAGACCGGCUCCAAGGGCACCAAGAAGUUCCGGCUGGAGGGCACCUUGCUGAGGACCUACAUCUGCCACAUCAUAUUCAAGACCCUCUUCGAGGUGGGCUUCGUGGUGGGCCAGUACUUCCUCUACGGCUUUCGAAUCCUGCCGCUGUACAAGUGCAGCCGGUGGCCCUGCCCCAACACCGUGGACUGCUUCGUGUCUCGCCCCACGGAGAAGACGGUCUUCAUCAUCUUCAUGCUGGCCGUGGCCUGCGUCUCCCUCUUCCUCAACUUUGUGGAGAUUAGCCACCUGGGUCUGAAGAAGAUCCGCUUCGUCUUCCGGAAGCCGGAGCCGGCGCCGGCCCAGGGCGAGGCGGCGGGGAAAGUCCUGCCCAUGACUGUGCCCUCUCUGCCCAGAAGCAAAGGCUACAAGCUGCUGGAGGAGGAGAAGGCGCCUCACCUGUACCCGCUGGCUGAGGUGGGCACGGAGGGGAAGGCGGACGAGGAGCUGCCCGUGGAGGCCCUCAGCACAGUCUACGACGAGACUCUGCCUUCCUACGCCCAGACCACGGAGGCGGACGGCUCCGCUCCGGAGGAGAGCGUGCCGGCGCCGCCGGCCGAGGUGGCGGCGGCGGCAGCGGCGGACAGCGCGUGUUUGCCGGCGGCCGAGGCCGUGGAUACGAUAGACGACAGCAGGCCGCACAGCCGACUCAGCAGAGCCAGCAGCAGGGCCCGGUCGGACGACCUCACCGUAUGAACCGGCGCCACGCCGCGCUGCCGGGCAACAUCCACCGUAGAGGCAGCCUUUUUUCAAACGUGUUUUUGGGAGACAGUGGGGAAACGUUUUUACUUGACAAAGGUCCCUUUUUAGAGGCAUCUUAUUUUUUAUUGACAGUUUAGACUUUUGAGUAGAUAGGGGCGAGAGUUGUGAUGUAUCUGUGUGUCUCCCAAUCUUUCAACCCACCAACCAGCAGAGCCAGCACCCCCCCUCUGUUUUUAUACGCUCCCCUCCUCAGCUUGAGAGGGAGUCCCACGUCUUUAUGCAUGUGCUCCCUCCUCUUCCUCGUGCGCUCCGCGCCUCUGGUGUCGUGACAGGGUGAACUCUGGUAGCCACCUCGCUCCAAAGCUGCUUUUUCUGCGCUGUGCAAACAGGCCGAUACAGAUCGCGCCCCAUCAGCGCAAAGCUUUGUUGGAGCCGGGACAACAAAGGAAACGGCGCUCCCCGUGACAACAAGCCUCCUUGACCCCAGGAGCCCGCUCCUGCUGUAAAUACGUCUCCAGUGUACAGAUUUCUAUUGACCUUAUUUGUGGAAGAUUUUCACUGUCGAUGUUUCUCUCUUUUCAUGUGACGAGCAACACAUCGCCGUUUAUGACUCCACCGCCUCGUUUUUUUACUCCUGGUCUCAGUGUUUCGCCGCCGAACGCUCGUGUCACGCAUGGGGACUUUGAUCCGCCAUAUUUUAGCCCAAUCCCUGGAGCUUCUCCAACACGCCCACGCGCGGCCUAGUGGCGGCAAAGUGAACUACAAGUGGAAUGCUCCUGAGGCCGCUGGUUUUAUGCCACACUCGCCCACCGUCACUGAGGGCAGCGGCGCGACGCCGUCAGCCAUUACGGAGCGAGCCGGCCGAGAUGUGGUUGAUCUUUGGCGAACCGUUUUUACUAACUCGUAGUCCAAUGGUAGAUGUGUGACUCUUCUUCAUCAAUAAAAGUCACACGUGGUCAAGACGCCUGGUGCUUGUUUGAAAACCUCAGUUCAGCUCAGAGCUUCAGCUCCAAAGAUCCGGAGACGUGCAGAGGUGCAGCGGCUCCUGGCGUCAGGGGCCACUGUGGAGGGCCACGUGACGCAUGGUGACGUGAGACACCUGAUCUGAUCUGCUGGGACGCACCCACCCACCCAAAUUCAUAUGUAAUACUCGUGAGUUAUUAAAAGCCACAAAACAGGCUGAUGUCUGCAGCAGCACCAAACCAAGGAGCCGGCAGGAAAGUCACGACUGCAGCGUCGCAACGACCAUUCCAUCUUCAUCUUUGAACCACAGAGCUAAACGGAGUGGCAUGUGUUUGGCCAGAAGUUGCUCUACAAAUUAAAACCGAGCAGAGAACUGGAAGAAGAUGCUGCUGCUUUAUAUUGGAAAAUGACUGGCGGCUGUUUCAACGUGACCAGUUCAGUUCAACUCUGUAGUUACACAUGUGUGCCGCUAGAGGUCAGCACGCUGCCUUUGAAAAGUGCACUGGACUGGACUCGGGUUCGAGUGUUCACCGUGCGUCAUUGAGCCCACAAACCUGUCG